AUGGAGUCAGCGUAUCUUCAAAAGCACCUCGGGGCAUGUCUAACUCAGGGUCUUGCAGAAGUAGCAAAAGUUCGUCCAGUGGAUCCAAUAGAAUAUUUAGCGUUGUGGCUUUACAAGUAUAAGGAAACUGUGACUGCAGAGCAAUUAAGAGAAAAGGAAUUGGUGGAAUUGGAACGUGAACGAGAAGCAGCUCUAAUGGAGCAGGAAAUGAUGGAGAGGCUCAAAGCAGAGGAACUCAUGUUCCAGGAGCAACAACUGGCCUUCCAGCUAGAGCUGGAAAUGCAAGAAAAAGAGAAAGCGAGAAUAGAAGAACUAAAGAAAAUAGAAGACAUAAUGGAGCAGGAGGCAAGAAUGAAUAUGGAAAAUAUAGUUAAGGGUGAAGAUGCCCCUCAUUUGGAGGUGAGAAGAAAAGAAUCAGGCAAAACACUAGCUGAAAUCAGUGACCGGUAUGGGGCACCUAACCUGAGCAGAGUGGAGGAGCUUGAUGAACCAAUGCUAUCUGAUGUUGCAUUAAACAUUGAUCAAGAUUUGUAG